GAGCGGCGACGUACGCGCAUCCAUACUUUAGAAUUCAACGCGGAGCCUCGCAAAAAAAAGUUUCGCGCCAGCCAAGUGAAAAGUAUGUGAGCCGGUGGAACAUGACUUUUUGCUGAAUUGGAUGGUUCAAUUAAUUUUGUUGUUUUUUUAAAUUAUGAUAGUUAAAGCAGUUAGAUUAUAGUGUAAAUUUAAUUAAAUAAAAAACUGUAGCAAUGGCGUCAAUAACGACAAAGUUGCUCAUGUGCGCAGCGCUAUGCAUCGUGCAAAUUCACUCGGAGGAGGACUUGAGAGACUUUGACUUCGACUCGGACCCGGAGAUCAUGAUCGCGCAGGAGUCGCGGCAGUACCAGACCAUCGUGAAGGCGCCCUUCAAGCCGAGCAAGACGCCCAUCAAGAUCCUCAAACCCAACGGCAUCACCAACUCGCACCGGCCGCAGUACAACAUAGACUCGGAAGAAGAGAUGAAGACGCACAGAUCCGACAGUUUCAUGGACUUGAUUGAGACGACGACGAAGAAGACAUUCGAGAAGGGUUACCCGGGGUACCAGACGAGUUACAAGUGGCGGUCGAAGGAGGGCAUGAUCCGGGAGGCGGUGCUGCGAGCGCUGGAGCGCAAGGACCACGUGGGGCGGUUCGCGCAGAUCCUGCCCAUCAUCAGGUCGAUGUCGGGCGCGCAGCGAGGGGCGCUGGCGUCGCUGGUGGCCCACCAGGUCACCACGCCGCCCGGCCGCGCGCCGCUCAACUUGGCACAGGUGAGAUCAAUGUUCGGCAACCACGAGAACACUUCAUCCGAGCUGAUGCUUCCCAUUCUGCUGGACAUGGCCAAGAUGAUCCGGCGCGCCGUAGGGCCCGGCAAGGAGCCCCGCUCAGCCCCCCCACUCGCCCCACACAACAUGAUCCGACGUUCAUCCAUCGACGAUGACACACUACUCGACAACGACCCCUUCGAAACCUACGAAGACACCACCACAACCAAAGCACCGCGCACACAACAGAACAUCAACAGAUCUCGCGCUAGGAACCGCGUCAGAAACGCGCCCGUGCAACAGAAUAGGACUGCGGUCAAAGAAACAAAAGACAACACAGUUGACAGUGACACUAAGAAGGAUGACGUUGAUGACGAUGACACUCAUAAGACCACUCCUCAAAUGUCUCCAUCAUCAUCCACCACUGAGCCGUCUACCUCGCCUGUCGCCCGGAGCCUGGACAACGGCACUCUAGACCUGGCUACCGACGCCACCAACCAGACACUGGUGGACCUGCCUACGGCUGAGAAACUGAGGGCGUUCAAUAGAUACGUUGAUAGGAAAGGCAACCACAUCCACCGCGGUAACUUCCCCAAACCAUCACCCGCGCCGAGCCGCCGCAGCACCCCCGAGCCCGGGUCAAUGGGGUCAUCCGGGCCGUCCGGGUCAGCCGGGUCCGUCGGGUCAGCCGGGUCGAAGCCGCGGCGCCGGCCCGCUCCAGCCAGGAAGCUCCCGGCGCAAGCUAGUGACGGGAAGUGUGAGCUGUUUACUAACUCCUUGUGUCUUCACACGGAAGACUAUCCUACCGACCUAAUAAUCCAGUCGAUCCGGCGCAACAAGGCGGCGGCGGGCGCUCUGCUCGCCGACUACCGGGACCCGGGCGACGGCGCCGUGGACGGCGUCUCCGCGCAGCAGGAGGCCCAGUACACGCCGGAGCAUUACCUCGUGUCCAACAGACGCGGCGACACAGCAAGCCGCGACUUCGCGAGCGCGGGCGAGGCCGGCUUCAUGUGUCCCAGCACCGUGAAGUACGCGCGGCCGCAGCGCGCGCGCGCCACCAGCGGCCAGUGGAAGUACAUCGUCAACACCGGGGAGCACACGCAGACGCUGAGGCUGGAGAAGUGCUUGAAACCAAAGGACUCCUGCACCUACCUGACUGACAACUUCAAGUCGAAAUGUGUUCAAGUUUACAACUACCACAGACUGCUCACCUGGGACCAACAGAAUGGCCUUCAUAUGGACAUAUUCAAGGUCCCCACAUGUUGUUCGUGCCACAUCGAGGGCUACAGCGUGAACUUCCCGCCGCUGGGCCACCGCGUGCACGAGACCUCCUCGGCCGAGAGCUUCCCCGGUGAGGACCUCUCCGCCGAGCACGGCAACGGAGCCUUCGAGUCCGUCCAGCCCAGCAUCAAGCGCCCCAGCAUCGCCAAGACCCCGCCCUUCGCCGUCAAACCGCUGGAGACCUUCCCGUCGAUUGGGGAAAACCACAACAUCAUACCCGGGAAUAGUUACCCCAACAUGAAUUUAGAUGAUCACGACGGGCAUUCCAGCAAUCCGAUGGAUUCGUACGGAAACUCGUACUUUCCUGAUUCGUUUAAUCAGGCUAGUAAUAAUGUCAGGAAUGUUAAGAGGCCGCCAAGUGCUAGGCAUCCCGCGGGGGCCACCGGUGCUGAUGGGAAGACUCUUCCUAGCUACCUAGAGCCGCCUACUCCCGCCGCACCAUCAUCAUUCUCUUUCAUGAAAGAACCUACCAGCAAAUACAAGAUCACCAACAGUAACCAUUUCAAACGAGGCGCCCCGAGACCUAACCGAAGACCAAUAAGAAAAACCAUUUCUGGUGCACCAGACGACCUAGUUUCCUCAGGAACUUCUGCCGUCGAAUCACAUCCCGCCAACAUUGAGAGUCUAGAGGAUUUCAACGACGAUCUAGAGGAGCCUGAUAUUAUAACUGCGAACAACCCACCGAGCCCAGUCACUAUUGCACCGAAACUACCAGCCGUUGAACCGAGUUCGACUACUGCUAGACCUCAGGAACCCACCAAUAAUCAUAACAAUAGGAAACCAGCCAAAAAAGAUUCGAUGAACAAUGGUAAAAGGGUGAACUAUAAUUACCACCCGAUAAUAGAUUUCUUUGAAGAAGACAAGGAAAGCUCAUCGAUAGACAGAGAGGACACUAUGGCCGAGUAUAUGCCCGCCGCGCAGUCGGAGUGGAAGCCCAUAGACCAUCCCGUGUCUAGGAGUAAGCCCAAUAAUAACUUAGUGGGACGAAGAAAGCAUUAAUGCCUUCAACUGUAUUAUUUUUCUUAAGUAUGGCAAGGUAAACGCAAUGUAGGACUACUUACCUAAUAGUUGGCUAUUAUUAGUUACGUAUAUCUGCUAUAUUUUUAGGCACAAUAUUCUAGUUAAGUUAUUUAUGUCUAGGUGAGGUGGUGCAAUAUUUUACGUUUACAGGUAAAAAUUUCUGUUUAGCAUUUAAAUUAUUUAACCUAGAAUUAGGGUUUGUAUUAUAUAAAUUACCACGUGAACGAUGCCAAAAGGAAGUUGCAAUAUAAAUUAUAGCUAUUUAUGUCAUAUUUGAAAAAUGAAUAUUUGUAAAUUUUAUAAAUAUUUAACUUAUUUAUUGUAAUCUUUUUGACUAAGCUAACUAUGUAUGUAUGUAGACUUUAAAUUAUAGAUUUUAAGUUUUAAGUAUUGAAAGACUUAUUAGAAAAAUUAA